AUGUCCAUGCUGCCCCCACGCUCCCCCUCCAAGAAGUCCUUCCCAGGGGUCAACACAGCCGAGAAGCGCCCCGCCUCCCCAAACACCCUCAUGAGCCUCAACAGCCCCACCUUGACUCCCAAGUCGCCCAAGGUCGUGCUCGGAGUAUGUGCCAUGGACGUCAAGGCCCGGAGCAAGGCCAUGCGGGAAAUCCUCACUCGCCUUGUAGAUAUUGAGAAGGGCGGUCUGGAAGUGAAGAUCUUUGGCGACGUUGUCAUCCUCGAAGAAGACAUCUCCCAUUGGCCUCCUGUGGACGUACUGGUCUCCUUCUUCUCUACCGACUUUCCCCUCCCCAAGGCAAUUUCCUACACUCAAAUUCCGAACCGGCCUCCGCCCAUCUCCAUCAACUCGCUGUCCAUGCAGUCGCUCCUCUGGGACCGCCGGCUCGUGCUAGCUAUCCUGGACCAUAUCGGCGUGCCUACGCCAAACCGCGCGGAAAUCUCGCGAGAUGGUGGGCCCCGUAUACCCAGGCCGUUGAGACGCAAGGUCAGAAAAGAGCUGGGUCUGAGGAAGGACGCCAUUCCCAAAGAUACCGAGAUCAUCCUUCGCGAAGACGGGGAUGCCAUCAUUGUUGGUGGACAUGUCAUCGAAAAGCCUUUUGUGGAGAAACCCGUCGAUGGUGAGGACCACAACGUGUACAUCUACUAUCGUGGCGGAGGUGGUCGACGACUGUUCCGGAAAGUCGGAAACAAGUCGAGUGAACAUGACCCUAAUAUUUAUCACCCCCGUACCAUCGGAUCCUUCAUCUACGAAGAGUUCAUCAACGUUGACAAUGCCGAAGAUAUCAAGGUCUACACGAUCGGCUCCAACUUUUCCCACGCCGAGACCCGUAAAUCUCCUGUAGUAGACGGCCUUGUCAGGCGAAACGCCGAUGGCAAAGAGACACGAUUCAUCACUCCUCUCUCUGAGGCUGAGAACCAAUGCGCCAAGGACGUUGUUGAAGCAUUCGGUCAGCGAGUCUGCGGCUUUGAUCUGUUGAGGUGUGGUUCGAGGAGUAUGGUCAUUGAUGUCAACGGAUGGAGUUUCGUCAAGGGCAACCAGGCAUACUACGACAAAGCCGCCGAAAUCCUCUCUGGCGUCUGUCAACUUGCGCGCGACCGCAAAAUUCGAGGCAUCCAAGCCGGCUUACCCGCCGAUAACAACAACAACGAAAGUGCCGGAGGCUCCACGACCAGUACCCUCCGUGCCACCAUCACUGUGUUGCGUCAUGCGGACCGCACGCCCAAGAUGAAGCUCAAAUUCUCAUUCCCAGCCGACCAAGCUUGGUCUAAGCCUUUCCUUCGACUGCUCCGCGGUCAUCGUGAAGAGAUUAUUCUUCGUGAUACGAGGCAGUUGCAGUUUAUUCUUUCGGCGGCGGAAGAGUCUGCCAAGAUGGAAGGUAUUACUGAAGAGCAGCUGCAAAAGCUGUCGCAGAUCAAGGAAGCGUUGGGACGAAAGAUGAAUUUUGCGGGGACGAAAGCGCAGCUCAAGCCUAGUUUCGCCAAGAAGAAGGGCGAGAAGGGCGAGAAAGAAGGAAAGAAGGACAAGAAGGACAGGAAAGAGAAGGAGGACGAGGGUGAUGAAGAGGACGAGUCUGAAGAGGGGAGGAGGAGAGUGAACGAAUGGCUCGCCCGAGGUGAACGAGCCACUGCAGAUGGUGUCGCCCCUCAACCGUCCACCCCCGACAAUGCCGCUGUCGAUGUCGGUCCCCGCUCUGGAGUCCCUCACAGUCCUCAGAUCACUGCUGCUCUCGACGAGGCUCCUGCUGGUGGUAGGCAUGUCAACUGCCAACACGCCGAGGAUGAACCAGACAUCCCGGAAGGGCUGGAGAAGAUGCAGUUGGUUGUCAAGUGGGGUGGUGAGAGCACACACUCUUCUAGGUAUCAGAGUAGGGACCUGGGUGAUGCGUUCAAGAAGGAUAUCAUGAUCAUGAACAAGGACGUGCUCAACAACGUCAAGAUCUAUACCUCUUCCGAACGUCGAGUCAUCAACACUGCCCAAAUCUUCGCCCACGCCCUUCUCGGUGCCGAAGGAUCCUCUUCCACCUCCCAACAAGUCUCCUCCGGCAACGGCCAGUCUUCCAUCGCCGCCUCCCGCCUUCCGCCUGACGCUGGCCCUGCGGGUCCUCAGAUCAGUCACCUUAUCCAGCGACGUGACCUCUUGGAUGACAACAAUGCGGCCAAGACGCUGACGAGUGACGCAAAGAAGAAGCUCAAGAUGCUGCUGAGGACGGGCGAAACGGAGAGAAGGACGGAUUUGGCGUGGCCAAAGAGUUUCAAGAAGGAGCCUGUUGAAGUCGUCUCUGAUGUCAUUGAACAACUCACUGAACUCCGUGGUAUCAUGCGUCGUAAUUACGAAAACGGCAACGUGGAAAAGAUCCCCCAACAGCGAUGGUGCAGUGGCGAUAGCCCAUGGUUGUUCAAGGAGCGUUGGGAGAAGAUCUUUGAUGACUGGGUAGGCGUCAAGCAGGAAAAGUUUGAUCCUUCGAGAGUCUCCGAGCUGUAUGACAGUAUCAAGUAUGAUAGUCUGCACAACAGGACCUUCCUCUUUGCCGUUUUUGACCCCGAGGGUAAGGGACAGACCAGCAAGGCCGGUGCUCCCAACCAAGACCGACGCCUGCAUGAUCUCUUUGGUCGUGCCAAAGCUCUCUUCGACCUUGUUGCCCCCCAAGAAUACGGCUUCGACGCCGAGGCCAAAGAGGAGAUUGGCGUCCUCACAAGUCUGCCGUUACUGAGAAAGGUGUGGGAAGACUUGGAAGAAGCAAAGAGCACUGGCAAAUCUUUGGCUUGCUUCUACUUUACUAAGGAAUCUCAUAUCACGACUUUCGUCCACCUCCUCCUCGCUUCCGGGCUUCCCUUCACCAACGUCCGUAUCCCCGAGCUCGACUAUUGUUCCCACUGCACUAUCGAACUGUGGGAAAAGUCUACCGGCACAGGGCAGAAGGACUUUUCCAUCCGAUUGAGUAUCAGCGAGGGCGCGCACAGUCCGGCUGUAUUGGACAGCAACGUCGAUGCUCGCCACAGUCUCACAGUCCAGCCCCGCAAAAAGCUCUCCUCCCACAUCGACUACGACCUCGCCAAAGACUGCUUCUCCAAACACUUCAACCGCGGGCUCUCCUUCUCUACCACCCCUCUUGAAGGGGAUGAGGUCUAUUUGAAGAAGAGUAUCCAGGACGAGUCGGUGUUGCCGUUGUCGAGCUUGCAUGGGACGGCGAGUAGUAGUAGGCAGGGGGAUGAGACGCCGAGGAUGAUUAGUUCGGCUAGUAGUGAUAGGAGCCACCCGGGGGAUGGGUGGUGA